GAUACCCAUCAAGAUGGAGACUCAGAGGGGACGGAGUCGUGGAGCAGCGCGGAGGGCCUGUUCCUGAGCGUCGGCGUGAUGGCCAUCCCUUGCCUGAGUCCUCACGCGCCCCGAGGGCUGGCCCCCGACACCAAACUGGCCGACGGGAGCGCGACGUUGAUUGCGGUGGGGGCCACGUCCAGGUCGGAGUUUGUCAAACACCUGAAGAGCUACGGCGCCCCCGGUGGCCAGGUGAGGCUGACUCGUUCGUUGACCCGCUUGUUGUCCUUCGAGCUUCCGCCGACGAGGCCGUCGGGGGAGCAGAUUAGGCUCCUCCUGCACACUAACCCACUUUCGGGCUAAAUAUACCGCCGGGCCACGCUCUUUACUCACUGACCCACUUCCUGUAGCCUGGCGGGUCAACAACAACGCGGACGUAACCCGCUUAACCAAGUACGACUGGACUGACUGACAGCGACAACAAAAAUAUCAACGUCCCAUUUGUACCGUGGGUGUUAUUUUGAAUUUCGUCACCUUCCGAUGGGAGGCUGACUGCCAAGGUGCUCAUCGUCCUUCCUGUCAUGAAAUGUCAAAGAAGUGUCUCGGCAGCCAUGUGGCGUUCCCCAAGGCCCCUUCGUGGGACCCCUUUCCGAUGGCUCAAUGUUUGCAGAUGACACGUCUGUAUCUGUGUCAGCCAAUCAUGUGCCGCAUCUUCCCAAAAAUGCUUCCGGGUAAUUCAGUCGGAUCGCCAUCAACAUGUUCACGUCUUGGAUUCGCCCUCAAUGUGUGAACGUUGCCUCAAAUAAGUCUUGGAUCUGAUCCAAGUUCAUCCCGAACGUCCUUCAAAAGUUUCAAGUAUCGUCCACAUGGUCAUAAAAAGGCUCGAAUUUGGGUUCGGGCUUCGAUUGUAAACGUGGUCUUGAAAUGGCUUCAUUUAUUUAUUCGGGUCAGGCGAUUGAGAACCGAUCCUCAGUUGCAGCGCCAACCGGGCCGCAGACAGUCCAAUUAAACGAACAAAACGAGAUGGAGUUUGAUU